AUGCAGCUCGCCGGGGCAGUGCUGCUGCUGUGUGCCGCCGCCGCGGCGGCCGUGGGACCGGCUCCGGCAUCCGCGGCGGGGCGGCCCGGGGCUGAGCGGCGGGCGGUGGCGGCGGCGGGGGGCAGCAAGGAGCGGCGGGCGCAGUUCGCCUCCUGGGACGAGGUGAACGUGAUCGCCCACGGGCUGCUGCAGCUCGGCCACGGCCUGAAGGAGCACGUGGACCGCACCAAGGGGCAGAUGCGGGAGCUCGGCAGCCGCCUGAGCGCCCACAACAGCUCCAUGGGGCGGCUGCUGCGCCAGGCGCGGGAGGCGCAGGAGCGGGGCGAGCGGCUGCGGGCCAGCGUGCGGGAGCUGGAGGGCCGCGGCCGGCAGCUCCUCAACCUCUCCGAGGCUCUGCGGCAGCGCCUGGAGGAGGUGGCGGCCGACAAAGCCGAGAUCCAGGGCCGGCUGGAGCAGCUGGAGGGCCGCGUCCGGCAGGCGCUGCAGGCGCGGCCGGCCGGGAACCAGAGCGCCAAGGACCUGGGAACGCUGCAGUCCCUGAUGGAUGCGCAGAACUUGCGGAUCGAGGAGCUUUUGCAGAAGAUCAAGCAGCAGCAGUACAAGCUGGACAAGCAGAAUCUGCAGAUUAAAAGCCUGCAGAGCAAGGUCAAUCUACUGAUCCCCUUACACCUGAAGGACAACAAAACGCAGUCUCCGAAGUGGAAGAUAAACCUGAAGAGCCUCAGCCUCACCAACCAGAGCCAGAAUGCUAGCAGGGAGCCCAUGCCAACACAGAAGCUCCCGGAGGAUUGCCACCAGCUCUUCCUGGCCGGGCAGCAAAGCAGUGGCAUUUUCCAGGUGCAACCUGCAGGGUCUCAGGCCUUCAAAGUCUACUGUGACAUGACCGCAGAAGGUGGCUGGACAGUGAUCCAGAGGCGCACAGAUGGCUCUGUGGACUUUGACCAGCUUUGGGAUGCCUACAAGAAUGGCUUUGGAGACCUUCGUGGUGACUUCUGGCUGGGCCUGGAGAAGAUACAUCACCUUGUCCAAGAGGGAAGAUACAAUCUGCUGAUUGAGCUGGAAGACUGGGAGGGAAAUUCCCAGGUGGUUCAGUUUGUCUUCAGCCUUGGUGGUGAGAGCACAGCCUACAUGCUCAACCUGCUGGGACCUCUGUCUGGAGAGCUGGAAAACGCCAUCGGGGACUUCAGGCAGCUGCCCUUCUCCACCCGGGAUCGUGACCACGACCUCAAAGCUGACACAAACUGUGCCAAACACCUCUCAGGUGGCUGGUGGUUCAGCACCUGUGGCCAUGCCAACCUCAACGGGAAGUACUUCCGCUCCAUCCCCCGCCAGAGGCACGAGCGCAAGCAGGGCAUCUUCUGGAAGACAUGGAAAGGCCGGUAUUACCCGCUGAAGUCAACCACCAUGAAAAUCCAACCCGCAGCACUAGAAGCAGAGCCCUAAAGCUGCCACUUGAGAGUUGACCUUCUCUGCGGAGCACAGACCUGAGCUCCAUCACUUGGUGUUUACAGAAAACAAACCCACUCUCCCCAGGAAGUCCCCCGAGGAGCGUUUCUCUUGGUUAGCAGCCCUUUAGUGGCAUGAGCCUUUAUAGGCUCCUCGCUAUCAGUACAACAGCUCCAUGUUGCUGAAACCCCUGGAUGGGAGCUCCCAAACCAGAAGAGGAGCCACCGGCAGGGAGAUCCACCUCCAGAGCAUGCACAAGGGUCUUCCAACCUGCCACGUGCUGCUGCAGCAAGUUCAAGUUGUCUGGUGCUUUCUGUCCUGUCUGAACGCUUCUGUGCUGGUUUUGAUGAGCUGGGGCUGGGGGGAAGGGGAGCAUGUGUGAAGUGUUUCACUACCCUGGACCCAAGCGUUGGGUACGGAGCCUUGCUGUGUCCUGUCUUUCACCGUUGUUCCCAAACGAUGUCCUGUGUACCCUCCUGUGAAAGCCCCCAGAGCCUCCUUUCCCUGCUGGUGCUGGGGGGCAGUGACCCUUGGGCAGCUCCAUCUGCGCAGCCCCUGCUCCAGUGACUUCAGCCCACUGAGAACAUGGGUUUUGGUGGGAAGGCUUGAAGGAUACCCUGUGCAGAAGGGGACCUCAGGCUCACUUGGCUUCCCUGGUCCCCACAGCUUCAAAGCCCUGUAUUUCCAGCUGUGCUGGAAUUUGCUGGGAGCUGGGGAAACUGCUUCCAGCUUCAGGAGAUGAUGGGUGGGAUCCUGCAGUCUUAAGCUCUGCCUGGAGCCUACCAGUGUUGCUGAGGGUGGUUAGGACGAGCACUAGGACAGCACAGGUACAGAGUAGUGACUGUCCUUGGGCAGGAGCAGCCCUGCCAUCAGCUGUAAAUCCCCCUGAAGCCUGGAGGGCUGCCUUCUCCCAACAGACUCCCCGUACUUCGCAGAGUGAGUAGCACCAUUCCACGCGCGUGCCCCAAAACUUGCUCUGAAGGGCCAGGGGACAAGAGGAUUUCUCUGCGAGAGCUGCAGUACCUUGUUGGGUGCGUACCCUGACGUACAGCAUUGCCUCUGCCUUUGGGGUGGGUGUCUGGGGCAGAGGUUUGGGCAAAACAGCUCCCCAAAAACUGUUACGGGCCAAGCUGCCGUCUUGGGGCUUCCCAAGCAUCCUGCCCUAUUGAAGUCAUAUUGACUACUGUGCUAGAGCUCCUAGCUGCUAAAUAUUGUAAAUAGUCAUUUGUAGGAUGUUGGAUCUUGUUGAUGAAUUUCCUGUUUUAAUUUGUUUCCAUAUUUAAAUGCAGUGUUAAUAACAAUGUGGUGUAAUUUAUAAAUGUUGAUGCUGGAGAAAAAAAAAGCAACUGUAGUUUGUGUAUUUUAAACUUUUUUUUUGUACUAAAAUAUCUUUUCUGAAGAUGUCUUUUAAUAAAAACAAGCCUGUAACUGU